AUGCUUAGCGCAUCGUCCCAACCCAACUUUCCAGCUCCAUUCAAUCCAAACAACAACAACACUACUGCCAACAACUCUGGUUCAAACGAGAGCAAAAAACGGGCUCUCAGUGACGAACAAAUCUAUCAAUGGCUCUCAGAACUUGUAACCGGGAACAACAGAGAACGCGCUCUUCUUGAGUUAGGAAAGAAAAGAGAGCAGUACGAUGACCUUGCUCUUGUAUUAUGGAACUCUUAUGGUGUUAUGGCUGUGCUUUUGGAAGAGAUUGUUUCAGUAUAUCCGUUUCUCAACCCGCCUGUCCUCACAGCCUCUGUCUCCAAUAGAGUUUGCAAUGCCCUUGCAUUGCUUCAAUGUGUUGCAUCAAAUAGCCAUACAAGGACAUUAUUUUUGAGUGCAAACCUUCCGUUAUAUUUGUAUCCCUUCUUGUCCACCAGCGCCAGACAGAGAUCAUUUGAAUAUUUACGCUUAACAAGCUUGGGUGUUAUUGGAGCACUUGUUAAAAACGAUACUCCUGAUGUUAUUAAUUUUCUCUUGACGACCGAAAUCGUUCCUCUUUGUCUUAACAUAAUGGAGAUUUCGUCAGAAUUAUCGAAGACAGUUGCAAUUUUUAUCUUGCAAAAAAUUCUUUUGGACCAACAAGGUUUAUUUUAUAUUUGUACCACCUACGAGAGAUUUCAUACAGUUGCUUCUGUAUUGUCAAAAAUGAUUGAGCAGCUCAAUGUCCCAGCCGACAGAUCCAACCAACAAAACCAAGACUCUGGUUCUAAUUUCGCAGUGUCACAUCCAAGUCCACUGGGAAGCUCUGGACGCUUGCUCAAGCAUGUGGUUAGAUGCUACUUACGCUUAUCUGACAAUCUUGAGGCUAGAAAAGCAUUGGCGAAUAUCUUGCCCGAGCCUUUGAGAGAUGGAACUUUUUCUACUCUACUUCAAGAUGAUCCAGCCACCAAAAAAUGUUUGACCCAAUUAUUGCAAAACAUCAGUGAAGCUUAA